AUGAAGGAAGGGUCCUUCCGCAGCGAGAAGGAGAACGUGGACGAGGAUAUUCUGCAGUGUGGCAAGGGACCAUUCGCUGUGGAGGUGGACAUCAUGCAGCCCAUUGACCCAGAUAAGGCGCCAAAGGUUCACGUGCCUCCGCUCAACCACAUUAGACGGUGGAUUGACGAUCUUCCAGCGUGUGCCCCGGACAGCAUCAUCAAGGCUUUCGAAGCUAUCAAGGAAAAAUAG